AUGAAACUCGUAUAUGGUUAUGAAAUGAAUGCUUCACCUGGUCAAGUGGGCCAUGUGAUUUGCCCUCCACUUUUGUCCACCAAGAUCACACUGUCUAGUGCGGGAAACACCAACCGUUGGAUAUUUUAUGGUACAAGGAAACAAAUUAUCGACUGGAUUCGCGAACACAGUAAUAUCACUUUAGAAAACGCAUUAUUUGCGGGAGGAAAUUCACCCACUAGCCACGUCCACACAGAACUGGUGAUUGAUUUACAACAAGUUUAUGAUCAGGACCAGACUUAUGCUGAUUAUAUCAAGUCUUAUUUUGUCAGUAUUUAUGAUGUCGAAAGAGUGAAAGUGGAGAUUAGACCCAGAAUUGAGUCCAAGGAUUGCUUUAUUCCGGCAGUCAACAGAGUGAUUGUGGCGAGCGGAACAAAAUUGGCUGAUAUUGUGGAGGAUCUUGAAAUAGAAUGGUUUAAGCCUGCAGAGAGUUAUGUGCAACAAACCAUUCAUUUAUUCAACGAUGAAGAUACACCCAAUCACAUCAUUAGUGCAAAACCACCCACAUCUGUCCAAGUCAAUGCAGAACCCACCAAAACUUCCACUGCUCCUUCUGCUGCUGAAAUGGACUUGUCUACCCCACAUUAG